AUGUCUUCCUCCUCCAACAACGAAAGAAACAUGGUGACUCAUCCUCCUAAGGUGGAAACCCCGACACCGCCUCCUUCAUCCUCUUCCAGGCUGGAAUUUCACCACACUCUCGUUGUUUUCAACAUUAGGAAUAAUAUUUCUAUUGUGCUUGACGUGGAAACUGAUAGCUACGACACAUGUGCGAAGCUAUUUCGCGUUCAUUUCUGCUCUUACUGGGUCCUAUAUCAUAUCGUGCCAUCAGAUAACAAGCCUCCACCGCCUCUCACUGACCCCACUUAUGACAUGUGGGCCACCUUAGAUGCAACUGUACUUCAGUGGAUAUAUUCCAUUAUUUUUGUUGACUUGCAAACCACCAUUAUAGAACCUGGCUCCACAACUUUGGCUUCCAGGAAGCGUUUGGCUAACCUCUUCUAG